AUGCGUUUGGCCGACGUCAUGCAUACCCCUGAGAGACACGACGGUGGCGAUGAAGGCUCGCCUCAAGAACGCGAAGAAGGAAGGGUCCAAUGGCAAGAUGUUUUCACUAAGAGCCUCUUCCUCAAUGUUAUGGGCCGCACAGAGAGGGCCCUGCGAAUGGCGCUUGGUGGUGCCCUGAUCAUGGCCCUGACAAUGUGCGAUCUCCCCAACAUGGAUUAUUCCUUCAAGUACAUUGGUCCCUUUUUAUUUUUUGUCGUGGGCACUCUGGCGCCUCCACUGCUCAGCACAGCAGUCAUCAUCCUCUUUGCUGGUCUGUUUUGCAUUCUUUUGGCGUGCGCAGUGGCAACGGGGCUCUUGUCUUGCCUUCUGGUGAGCAGCGGUGGACAGGCCCUUUGCAUUAUAGUCUUUGCCUUGUUUGUCUUUUGGGCAUCCUUCUUGACUACCAGUAAGACCAAGGAGAUGACCCUCAUCGGCUCCUACAUCCUGCUGUACGCGGUGCCUCUGGCCACCCUGGUCGCUUCCCCUUAUGCCUCUGACGGAAUAAGACUUGUUUUGACGCCCGAGAGAUACGCUGCACUGAAGCAGUUUAUGGCAACGAGCAGCAUAGCGCAUAUACUGGACGAAGCCUCCAGCUUCUUGCUGAUGCCUUCUGAUGUUGUUGCUGAGCUUGUGGCGAAGCUUACAAGCCCUGCAGCUGUUCAGUUCCUGCAGCGUGCUGCUCAGGCACUCCAAAUUCAGCUUCCCGCAGUCCCUACAGACCGACCGCUAACUCCGCAACAAGUUAUGGGCCUGCUGUUCACCUUUUUCGAAAGCCUGCCACCAAAUAUGCCUGUUUCUGUUGAGAUGAAGCCAUCACGAAAUGCGGGUCUUAAUUUAAGCCAGGACUGGAUGUAUGACGUCCCACUCUUUGUGGAGGGUGUCGUAGGACAGCAAAUUUCAAUUGGCGCGAGACCUGGAGCGUGGUUCAUCAAGACCAUCUGGGUGGCCUCCGGACCAAUAGGAAUGCUUAGAAACCUUAUCAUAUUCGCAUUUCUGGGUUUCGCUAUUUAUUUGUUAGUCAUGUUGGUUCCUCCAAUCCGACGGCAACGUGAUGUUGCGAUACGAGAGAUGGCAAAUGCUUGCGGCGUCAUCCGCCGGGCUCUGCAUACGGUGAAGAGCAAGCUGGCUACAACGGAGAAUACAAACGAUCAGGCAGUGGGUGACGGCGAUGGGGCAUGCCAGACAGAGCACAACCGUGCUCGCAGUGGAGAUUCACUAUCUGGGAAAGCAGAAGCGAGUGACUCUGAGAUACCAGCUGCAAAUGCUCUCGAAAAUGUUAUUCUCAGCCUGCUUGAUGCAGAAAAAGCGAUACUAUUGUCAGGUAUGGAGCCCUUCCUUCUGUACCCUGGCCCUGGAGUGUGGACCAUGAAGGUGCUGGAUGCUGUACGGAAGAGACUGAUUCAGUGCUGCGUUCAGACGCAGCACAUGCUGCAGCUACUGCACCACACUGAGAGCCCCAUAGGCAGUAUGGGUUCGAAUCCUCAGCUGGCAGCGGCUGGCAGGACGUUACUAGCCAAGUGCAUUAACAUGUACGAGCUGUGUGAAGAUUUACUUACUACUUUCCCCUCCAUCUUUUCCCCCUCCAAAAGCAAGAAGAAAGCAGAGGGGUUGAUGCAACAGAUGAGUUUGCUCGAAAAGGAAAUGCGCACUCUGGCUAUGGAGGUCUCCCGGCCAUCAGAAACAGACACAGAAAAUGCUCUUGUUCAGCUGGAAGCAGAUACCGCUGCCUUGUCGAGGUCAAACACUGAACAGCUUACAGACGCUGCCCAAGUUGUAGCCCGCACGCAGUCUUUUGCACGGGCUAUGGAGAUUCUUCCCGUGGGGCUUGCUGUUACCGCAUUUGUUCAAGCUUGUUACUCUGAGCCUUUAUGGCUUAGCCGAGUUGUUUGUGCGUUGAGCAAGGCACAGCAGGUCAAUACUUUGCAUGGAUUUGUCAUGAACCUUGCUUUUCCGUUCAUACCGGUUGUCGUACAUUUAAAACGUUUAGUAACUGCGCCAAUCUCUGCUUUGGCAGUAUGGCGUCAUCAGUGGAGAGGACAGCGCGCCUGGUGGAAGGACCCUGAGGCUUGGUAUGUCAUAAAGUUGGUCAUUCCACUUAUCGUCAUCUUCUCCUGCGGCCUAUGUUUGCCGAAGCUGCUCCAGUACUCUUGGGGCGUUGAAGUUACAAGUAGCCCUGUUUUCUUGGAUUAUUCCGAGCAGGGUGUUACUACGCGCAUGGUUCCUUGGUUCUUACUGGGGUACCUAACUGUUCUUCAGACAACAUACAACGGCACAGCUCAUCGCGGUCUAGCCCGCACACUUGGCAUUCUUCUGGGUUCAUUCUGUGGGUGGGUUGCAUUGUCGUGGUACGAAUCGGUAGCUGCACUCAUUGCCUUCUGCGCAGUGACAGUGUUCGUCGACAUCUUUGCUUUUGCUGAUCGUCAUCAUCCACUUGACGGAUUCAGCAGAAGGUGGGGAUACAUAGGAAUGGUCUUCACCUACACACAGGGACUUAUUGUCACCCUAGCGUCAGAGGAACUAGGCGGCUUGACAGGGAGUCGUGACUACUUGGUCACCACACGCAUUCUUAGCAACGUCAUGGGCAUCCUUUUGGCCAUUCUGGUGUCACAUCUGCCACCACUAGCAAGCGCAACAACGUGUGCUUGCAAUGGGUACUCCCGGGUCAUCGAAGGAUGCACGAAAGAGGCCAACACGUUGACGCGCACCUUUCUGGCUGUAUGCAGCGCGUCAAAAGACGGGCAUGAGGCGAACGCUGCUGAUACAAAUGAUGCGACUGAGGUUUUUUCGGCCAGGAAAGACGAAAUUGCUGCAGUAAUCGGCUCACUAGAUUCAGACGUUAAGGAGCAGCUGGGAACAACGUCCAUGCUGCUGAGGGAAGGUAGCUACGUCCCGGUCCUCCAGCCAUGGCAGGCAGACGUGGCUCUAUCAAAAGUUAAAGUGGCGGCAACUUCAAUGUUGCUUGAAGCUUAUAACGCAGCGCAGCUCGUGAAGGGGCUCUUGGAAGACUUAAGUGAAACCACGGCCGCCACUGAUACUGCGGUGGCAGAAGCAAGAGAGCUAGAGUUGCUGCCUAUGGCAGGCCCAGCGGCGCGGAGCCCUUCAAGUGAAGGAAAUUGCGGGGUGCCAAGGAGCUGGAGUGUGUGUCUAUUGCAGCAUGGCAACUUUUUGGCUAUUAAAGAGCUCUUCAGUUGCACUGCAGGUGGCAAGCUAGGGGAAGCCCUAAGUGCGUUGUGUAGUUCUCUUAGCACCCUUGCUGAGGCAGCAAAUGUGGAACUCUGCAAGUCCUUCCCGGCAUUCGGAGACAAGCUGAUGUGCCACAAAGGACGAUAUACUCGCCAAGGCGACUCCCCUGAAAGCCCUGAACUAGUAUAUGAGAGCUGUAGCUCAGCCGUUGACAGCGACGCACGGAGAGUCGUCGAGACGCUCGUCGAGUGCCUGGGGAGCCAUUUUGCUGAGCAUCGUCUGUCCGCAACAGCUCGCACAGCGUCAGCUUUUGUUGUAAUGAAGCUCUUGCACCACCUUCAGAACAUGAAACUUAGCAUGGAUGAAGUCCAUGCCGCAGCAGUGAAAGGAGCCAGCAGAGCCAACCGAAGCGCGAUCUCCUAUUGCCUUCCGACAAGCCGCACGCUGUAG